AAUACUUUUCUCCUGCUUGUCGUCGGUCGCGUAUCGCGUUUUGAUCCCUUGAUCAUUUUCCGUAUAAUCAUUCGCGACGGAGUGAUAUCGGUUCGUUGUUCCGACGGGAAGAUACCCGCGUACCCACGCGUUCCAAAAGAAAGCAGCUGGAAUCGAUCCUGUUCCGGACAGGAAAUAUCGGAAAAUCACGAGGCGAAGCCUCCAGCAGAUGAGUCCCCGGCUGCUGCUGAUUGGUACUGUUGAUUCUGCUGCUGGGAAAGUUUAAAUUUGAGCAAAUUUGGGAGGAAACGAAAAGAGGACAGCUGACCGCGAUCAUCAUCAGCAGCAGGUGCGACGAUGGGCGGCCAAAAGUUCCAGUAUGAUGAAAGCGGAGGAACAUUCUUUUACUUUAUUCUUUCGUUCCUGGCGCUGAUUCUGAUUCCGGCCACAUUCUACUUCUGGCCCCGUAAGAAGAAGGAAGAUCCGGAUCGCUACAAAGAGGAGUGUCAGUGCGAAAAAUGUCUCCAGAAACGGAUUCUAAUAUCACAUUCCGACCCGUACAAGGGCUUGAAAGCAUUUCUCAUCAAAUUGGCCAUCGUUGCCGGUUGGGCUUUGCUGGCGUUUUUAACCUACAAGGUGUCCCAGUUCGACUAUGAAAUGUCCAACUUUGAUCCGCAUGAAAUUUUGGGGGUCCCGCUAGGGGCUUCCCAGAAGGAUAUCAAAAAGGCGUAUCGCACGCUGUCAGUGAUUCUGCAUCCCGAUAAGGAAACCGGUGACGAGAAGGCCUUCAUGAAACUUACCAAAGCCUACCAGGCAUUGACCGAUGAUGAGGCGCGUAAAAAUUGGGAGAAGUACGGCAAUCCAGAUGGCCCAGGAGCCACAUCGUUCGGUAUUGCGCUGCCUUCCUGGAUCGUUGAGAAGGAAAAUUCCGUCUGGGUGCUCGGAUUGUAUGCUCUCGUAUUCAUGGUAGCACUGCCGACUGUCGUGGGUACCUGGUGGUACCGUUCAAUCCGUUACAGCGGCGACAAAGUUCUACUGGACACGACCCAGAUGUACUUCUACUUUUUCCACAAAACCCCGCACAUGGCGCUGAAGCGAGUUGUGAUGAUUUUGGCGGCCAGUUUGGAAUUCGACAAGCGUCACAAUUCCCAGGUCGUGGAGCGACAAUCGGACAACGAGGAGGUCCCAAUGCUGAUCAAACAACUUCCGAAUCUGAAUGAAAAGUGUAAGGAGCUGCCGUUGUGCCGGAUGUACUCCAUCAAGGCCCGUGCCAUUUUGCACGCCCAUUUGAGCCGAAUCGGGCUGAACAAGAACACCCUGGACAAGGAUCGGCAGUUCAUCGUCAAGAAGUGUCCCUAUCUGAUCCAGGAAAUGGUUAGCUGCGUUAACCAGCUGAUCAUGUUGGCCUAUGCUAGAAGAAUUUCCAAACUGCCCACCAUCGAGACGAUCGAAAACUGUAUGAAGCUGUCGCCGAUGAUCAUCCAGGGCCUGUGGGAGUUCAAGAACCCGCUGCUGCAGCUGCCGCACGUAUCGGAGGACCACCUGCGCUACUUCGUGUCGAAGAAGCGCCCGGUCCGGAAUCUGCAGCAGUUCGCCCAGCUGCCGGCCGACGAGAGCCGUGCGGUGCUGCGCAGCCUGAGCGAUCACGAGUACGACAACGUGAUGAAGGUGCUGGGCAAGAUGCCUCUCAUCGAUUUCAGCGUCAAGUGCGAGGUGGUGGACGACGAAAAUUCCAAUGUCGUAACGGCCGGAGCCAUUGUGACGGUUACGGUUGAGCUGGUUCGUCGGAAUAUGAGCGAACUGUUCGGCGAUACCAACGCCAAGGAAAAGCAGGGCAUUACAGAAUCGACUGAAGAAGGUAAUGAAGGGGGAGAAGAUCAGGCAGCGCCGCAACAGAAUGGUGACAUUGCGGCCGUAAAUGGGCCGGAAAAGGACGACAAGGAAGAUGCCAAGGCAGCCAAGAAACCGGCAUGGCAACCGAAGCCCACCAAGGGUGGACACAAAAGCAAAAGCAAAGGUGGCGGCGGCGGUCAGAAGAGCAAACAGCAGAAGCAGAUGGCCGCUGCUGUGGCCGCCCAGGCCCAAGCUCAAAACCAAGCCGUUAAGGCAGAGAAGACUAAAACCAGCGAGAAAGUUCGUAAAGAAGAUACAGAUGUCGACAGUGGUGCCGAAAGCGAUGACGAAGGCGUUGCCGGUGCUGGCAGUUCGGAUGAGGACAAGAAGUCUGCAGUGGAAGAUGACGACGAUGAGUGGGAGAAAUUCCAACAAAAGAUCAACAAACGCGAGAAACUCGAAGGAAAAUCGAAGGUGUCUCAUCCAGUUCACUGUCCACUAUUCCCGGAGGAAAAGUACGAAUACUGGUGGACGUACAUCUGCGACCGUAAGUCCCGCACCCUGCUAACGGCCCCCUACCACGUGACCAAUCUGGUGCACCGCGAGGAGGUAGCCAUCAAGUUCACCGCUCCCAAAUGGCCCGGUGUGUACGUGUUUACCGUGUGCCUCCGAUCGGACAGCUACUUCGGCAUGGACCAGCAGGUGGAUCUGAAGCUGGACGUCAAGGAGGCGGCUGCGAUUCCUACCGAACAUCCGCAGUGGGACAUCAGCGAUUCCGAGUCGGAAGCCAACGAGCAGCAGGCCAAUGAAAGCGAGUUCACCACCGACUCUUCGGAUGCAGAAAAUGAUGACGACUAGAAUGGACAGCAACGGCCAACGACGACUGCAGCAGCUAAGUCUCCCUUCUCAUCGAUUUGUCUCAUUGAGUACAGCAGAAAAAAAUUCGAUAUCUUAUAUGUGUCCUUCUUCAUUGGAUGUUGUAUGUGUGCAAGUGUAGAUGCGCGAGCGAAUGCUAGAAUCUAUAGAACGUCGUAGUUCGCAUUUGAUCCAAAAUAUUCUUUCUUCAUGGAAACAUGAUUAUUAUAAUUAUUGUUUUGGGGUACUAGUAGUUCCCGGCACAAAUUUGACCGGGAAACGAUUUUUUGCUAAAGUUUUCUCGAUGUGAGUAAAAUGGCAAAACACUAAUCUAACGAAAUUCAAUCUUUUUAUAUAACAAAGAAAUGAAACCUAUAUUUCAAUUAUUCUCUACAAUUCUCAACAAAACAAAAGGUUAAAUUAAACAAAAAAAAAACUAGUAAAAAAGGAGAGUAAUAAGCUGCGCGAUUUUCGCGAACGACUAAGUGAAACAACACAGCACGCUAGGGGAUACUACCUACUUUAUAAGAAUGAAAAAAAAAUGGAUUUAAAAAAUGGUAUAUAAACUCUAGUUUAAAUGAAACGUAGUUAUUUAGUGUAACAAUCACAAGUUCACACAUACACACAACAACAAUCACUUAAAGAAAACAGACAUUCUGUAAUGAAA